AUGUCUGCACCACCACCCCCGGAGAAGGGAUUUGGAGACAAGUCUACUGGCAUCCCAAACAAGGCUUUCCCCAAGAUCGAUCUCGAUGGUCACAAUCUGCCUCCCUCUCCAGCUCCAUCAAGCCCCCGAAACGGCCGGAAAUAUGCAUUGGCCACAGAACUCGUCUAUACCGAGAGUAAGGACCAAUAUGGAGCUUCUAGUAUGCCCAUCUACCAAUCUGCAACCUUCAAACAGACAUCAGCUGGCGGCGGCUCUGAAUACGAUUACACACGGUCGGGAAACCCUACUCGGACACAUUUGGAACGACAUCUAGCCAAGGUCAUGAAUGCGGCGAGAACAUUGGUUGUUGGAUCGGGAAUGGGGGCGUUGGAUGUCAUUACACGGAUCUUACGACCAGGAGACGAAGUCAUUACGGGAGACGAUCUAUACGGAGGAACCAACCGAUUGUUGACCUUCAUGAAGGCUAACCACGGCAUCAUUGUUCACCAUGUCGAUACUACGAACCCCGAGAAGGUGAGAGGGAUUGUGUCGGCAAAGACGGCUAUGGUGCUAUUAGAGACCCCAACGAAUCCCUUGAUUAAAAUAGUCGAUAUUCCAUCGAUUGCGAAGAUCGUGCAUGACACAAACCCGAAGGCUUUAGUGGUGGUUGAUAACACUAUGCUCUCACCAAUGCUCUCGAAUCCUCUAGACCUUGGCGCAGAUAUUGUGUAUGAGUCUGGAACGAAAUACUUAUCGGGACAUCACGAUAUUAUGGCCGGUGUUAUUGCGAUCAAUGACCCCGCUAUUGGAGACAAGAUGUAUUUUACAAUCAACUCCACUGGCUGUGGAAUUGCCCCCAACGACGCUUUCUUGCUCAUGAGAGGCAUUAAAACUCUUGCCAUUCGUAUGGAGAAGCAGCAAGCGAAUGCACAGGCUAUUGCCGAGUUCCUCGAAUUGCACGGCUUCCGAGUACGAUAUCCGGGAUUGAAGUCACACCCGCAAUAUGACCUCCACUGGUCGAUGGCCCGAGGGGCUGGAGCUGUCUUGUCGUUUGAAACCGGGGAUGCGGCGCUAUCUGAGCGGAUUGUUGAAGCAGCCCGACUCUGGGGUAUCAGUGUCAGUUUCGGCUGUGUCAACAGUCUGAUCAGUAUGCCAUGCCAGAUGAGUCAUGCCAGUAUUGAUGCCAAGACGAGAAAGGAGAGGCAGAUGCCUGAAGAUAUCAUCAGACUCUGUGUUGGGAUUGAGGAUGUCGAUGAUCUUAUUGAUGAUUUGAGUCGUGCACUUGUUCAAGCGGGUGCAGUGACAGUGACUAUGGAUGGAUUCCAUGCCACCGGCGCCGCUCAAGCAAUAGCUGAAGUGCCAAUAGAGGAGUCAGAUGCUGCUGCAGCGCCGUCAUGA